CUGCAUUAUCGGCCAGAUAUUAAGUUCAGCUAGGAGAGCGAAAUGAUGCUGCUAAGGAUAUUAAUUUGCAUCUUGGUCAUCGGGGUGUUGGGAGAAAAGUUACCAUGUAAACGUGGACCAAAUGGCGAGAAGAUGAGGGAGCUCAGACAAAAGCUACCCAAAGUCGAGUGCUACAUACACGUAUGCAUACAAGUAAAGGAAAAUGGUGAGAGGUAUGAUAGCACUGAGCCGCUUGAUGAAGAAGACGAAGAGGACGAGGAUGAAGACAACACAGAUGCUGAUAUUGAUAAUAGUAUUGUUGGAGAGGGGGAGCUAGAGAGUAAUUGUAACGACGAAGAUCAGGAAACCAAACGACGCAAUAAAGCUCUGAGAAAAAGACGAAAGAAAUACAAAAACAAAAUCCACGAGACAGCAGAAGAUAAAGAAGAAGAGACUGACAAGGAAGUGAUAAUCGAGGGAGAUAUCAGGAAACUUAGAUAUGAAGAUGAACGGCGAAAGAAAUAUAGAAACGCAAUAGGUUAUGACGCAACAUGGCCAAAAGGAAUCGUGCCCUACAAAAUCUCUAAAGAGUACACUAAAGAGGAAAAGAACUAUAUUAUUGCGUGCUUGGACGAUUUGACCAUGCGAUUGUCUUCUCCGCGAAAGAAUAACGACAAAAUGAAACCGUGUAUCAGAUUUAAGAAGUACAAGGAAAAGAGAGAUAGAGAUUAUCUCGAUAUAAAACCCGGUGGGGGGUGUUCUGCGUUUGUGGGAAGGCUUGGUAAGAAUCAGACAGUUACCCUCAAAGCCAAAGGUUGCCUGUAUCAAAUGGGUACAGUGCAACAUGAGAUUAUUCACUCACUUGGAUUUUACCACGAACACAGUCGUCCGGACAGAGAAGAAUAUAUCAAAAUUAUAUGGGAGAAUAUAAAAACAGGUUUUAGUAGCAAUUUUGAUGUAAAACGCAGUGCUAGAAAACUUGUUCGCUAUGAUUAUGAAAGUGUUAUGCAUUACAAACAGAAUGCAUUUAGUAAGGAUCCUAGAUACCUACGUACAAUACAACCAAUACAGCCCAAAAAGGAUGUAGGCCAAAGGAAUGGAAUAUCAAAGUUAGAUACAGCGGAAAUACAGAUCCUUUAUGAUUGCCCCGUUACGGUAGACAUAGGGGACCCCGAUAUAGGAAAUACAACGACACAUGCACCGCCAGAGGAGCCAGCAAAGAUAAAGUCGCUACAUUGUACAGUUGAUUAUGGUAGGACAAAACAAGCAUGUGGAAUAAGGGAAUUAUCAGAACCAAAAUUAUUGAAGAAUGAGUCAGCAGGAAAUGGACAUUACCCAAAAUUUGAACGAACUACCUGGAAUUGGCUGAGCGGGUACUAUUGGUAUAUUGAUGGUGAUACGGUCAGGGACAAUGAUACUGUACACUUGGAGUCUGAGGUUGUUCACCCGGGAGAUUACUGCCUUCAGUUCAGCUACUGGAAUUAUGCAUCUAAGACAUCCAUGAGAGUGUUCAUUGAGUAUAAAGAAAUAAAUGAAAAGUUCAGUAAACCCGAUGAACAGUCGUGGAUUACUCCAACUAUACCAUUUACUGCCAGGAACCGAUUUAUCCUUCAGUUUGUCAUAACUGUUGACAAGACGGUUGUAAAUAACAGGUUUGCAUCAACGGCAGGUGACUUUGCUCUUGAUGAAAUCAAAUUGGGAAGUGCAGUUAAAGGAAAUUGUAUAUAUUCAGAUUGACUGUAACAGAUCUAGAAAAUAUAUCCGACUUAUUAGAGAAAGAU